ACGACGAUGAUGACGACGACGAUGAUGAUGAUGAUGAUGAUGAUGACGACGACGAUGAUGAUGAGGAUAAUGAUAACGGGCGGGAUGGCAAUAAUAGAAGGAUGGGAUCCCAUAGGGAAGAAGUUGAAAUGGCCCCGGCAAUGAGAAGUAGCGCACCUGCAAAUCAAGGCAUUCUUCAUUUGAUCAAGGGCUUGGUAGACCAAGCACUGUUUGGAAAGAAUUCGCAGAAACCUAGUGGUGGUGAGCCAGGAGAUCCUGCCGAACCUGGCGAGCCCGCUGAGCCAGGAGAGCCCGCUGAGCCAGGAGAGCCCGCUGAGCCAGGAGAGCCCGCUGAACCCGCUGAACCGGCUGAGCCAGCUGAACCCGCUGAGCCAGCUGAGCCUGGCGAUAACGAAGGACCAUUGUUAGAUCCUUGAAGGCUUGAACAACUACUGAAAUAUCAAACCGGUGUCUCAUUAGCUUCAAUGCAGGACAUAUCAAGCUGAUGGAUGAAAUACUUAUUUCAGUGUUUUAUUACUAUGAUAUUAACACAAAUGUAACCACAGUAAACUCUUAGUUUUGUAGUUGGUAGUUUUCUCUUGCCUACCUUCCGAUAUAUAUUGUAACUGGAUAUUGUAAUUUCUCUUUUUGUGAUAAUAAUAAUUUUUGAAAAGAUAAGGUUGUAAUUAUUUUAUGGCGUGGUGAUCUGUGGGAAACAUAUAUAUACAUUCGCAAACCCAAUAAUAAUUUGGAUUUGUUAUUUGACUACAGAAGGAGACUGUGAAAUACUCAGAAAAAUCACAUCUGCUCGCAAAUGUUUAAGAAUCGUGAUUUGAAUGUAUCAUUAUCGGGACUUUUCAGCGAUUUUCAGAGCAAAUAUUUCCUCAAAUUAUGUGUUGUAGAACAGACACUUUGAAAUUACAAUCACUUAGAUGCCAGUGACUGUUUAUAAACUCUGCAUUAUUUUGAAAGAGCCUUGCGGCAUAAUGGAUAGUGCUA